GUUCAGCUAUCUCCUGCCAUCUUUGUCCAUCUGAUUCUCCAAGCUCCUCGCAUGGGCAAACCGAUCAACUACUAUUAUCUAAACUAGGGCUAGUAGGAUCCCACUGGAAGCCACCAUUACGCAUAAUAAUAACAUAAACCUACUGGUAAUCCUCCCUGUUUCCUUCCUUGUUGUGUAACACGCAGCCACCAAUUCCGAUCCUUCCCCUUCCAAGUUUUAUUCUAAGCCAGAACCAGAAGAAUACAUAUGGUCCCAUAUAUAGCCUUUUAUUGACAGAAUGCAGCAAUUGCAAGAAUAUCAUCAUCGGUAAUGGCAACCACGCCGGCACCGCAAACCGCAUCGCGGGUCGCCUCCGGCCGGCUCAUAUUUGGCGAGCCAAGAUUGCGUGGCGUGAGGAGCUUUGGCAACGGCGGCGCGUCCGGCAGGCGUGUUUCGGUGGAAGCUGUCAAUGGCGCCGUCAGGCCGAACGGCGCAGCGGCGGUGGCCGACGUCCGGCUAGUGCCCGCGCCGCCACCGGCGUCCGUGGAAGGCGACGACGGCGGCGAUGCCUUCCGGCUCGGUAAGUUUGUGGAAGGGACGCUUGUUUACAGACAGCAGUUUGUGAUCAGAUCCUACGAGAUCGGGCCUGACCGGACUGCCACCAUGGAGACCCUCAUGAACCUCCUGCAGGAGACAGCACUGAACCAUGUGAUGUGCUCUGGGCUUGCUGGAGAUGGUUUCGGUGCCACACUUCAGAUGAGCCUCAGGAAGCUCAUAUGGGUCGUCACAAGAAUCAACAUCCAGGUCGACAAGUACAGCAGAUGGGGAGAUGUUGUGGAGAUAGACACCUGGGUGGCGUCAUCAGGGAAGAACGGCAUGCGCAGAGACUGGAUCAUCCGCGACCGCAACACCAAGAACAUGAUUGCAAGAGCCACAAGCAACUGGGUGAUGAUGAACAGAGAGACCCGGAGGCUGUCUAAGAUCCCCGACGAGGUCAGGCAGGAGGUGCUUCCCUUCUACCUGGAAAGGAGCAUCAUCGCCGCCGACGCCACCGGCAGCGGCCGCAAGAUCGAAAAGCUCACCGACUCGACGGCGGAGCACAUAAGAUCAGGACUAGCACCCAGGUGGAGUGACAUGGAUGUCAACCAGCACGUGAACAACGUCAAGUACAUCGGUUGGAUCCUCGAGAGUGUGCCGCUGGACGUGCUGGAAGACUACCACCUGACGAGCAUCACGCUGGAUUACCGCCGGGAGUGCCGUCAGUCGCAGCUGCUCGAGUCGCUCACCAGCAUGGCCAUGGCCAUGACCUCGUCGCCGCCUGCCGAGCCGCCGUUGGCGUCGAGCCUGUGCGGCUCCGACCUGCACAGCACGCACCUGAUACGGCAGCAGGAUGACAAAGCCGAGAUAGUCAGGGCCUGUGCGGAAUGGCGUCGCAAGGAGCAUCGAGGGUCCAUGGAACAGCUCUGACAUGCGGUUGUAGUGGUAUAUAGUACUAUGUUUUGUAUUCGCUUCAUUGCUUGCUUUUGUUUUCUAGAUUUGUGUAAUUCUUUUGAUCGAUCUGCUGUAAGCUUGGGUGUGAGAUAUCAUGUUUGAUUCCAAAUCUUCCAACUCAAUAAAUAAGGGGCUUUCGCCUUGUUUGGUAGCU